UGUGAUCGCUAAUCUCUUCAGUAAUAAGGCCACGGAGCAUAAGCAUUUUGUUGGAAAUGCCCACAAGCUCUGUGUUGUUCUUUGUUGAAUUCACAAAGCCUCUCCCCCUUCCAAAGGCUGGGAAUGUAAACCCCUUGGCUCUUUUCUUAAAAUCUUGUUGGGAGCUUUUCAUCCAGGAAGAACUAUAGACUAUUUUGGAGAGCAAGAAUUUUCCCGAAAAGACUUGCUGUGGUGUUGUUUUUCAUUUAAUUUGUUCUAGUGAAUGGCCUUUCACAAGUUAGCUCUGGAAACUUAUUUCCCAAUUUUCUUUCCCCUGCAAUGUUUUUGAACGAUUCUGCUAACUCUUCGGAAAGUGACGAUGAACCUCAUUCUGCUUUUUCCCAGAGUGAACACAACAUAGUCGCAGCUUAUUUGAUCACAGCAGGGGUCAUAAGCCUUCUCAGUAACAUAGUUGUGCUAGGCAUCUUUGUUAAGUACAAGGAACUUCGGACAGCAACCAAUGCUAUUAUUAUCAACCUGGCUUUCACUGAUAUUGGUGUGAGUGGAAUUGGUUACCCCAUGUCUGCAGCUUCUGACCUGCAUGGAAGUUGGAAAUUUGGCUACACAGGUUGCCAGGUCUAUGCUGCUUUAAAUAUCUUCUUUGGAAUGGCAAGUAUUGGUUUGCUUACUGUUGUUGCUAUUGAUCGUUAUCUGACAAUCUGCAAGCCGCAUAUAGGUAGUAGACUUACUGCAAGCAACUACACAACCCUGAUUCUUGCUGCCUGGAUCAAUGCACUUUUUUGGGCUUCCAUGCCUGUUGUGGGAUGGGCAAGCUACGCCCCAGAUCCAACUGGAGCUACCUGUACUGUAAACUGGAGGAAAAAUGACACAUCCUUUAUUUCUUACACUAUGUCUGUAAUUGCUGUUAAUUUUGUUAUUCCCUUAUCGGUCAUGUUCUACUGUUACUACAACGUUUCAAAAACAAUGAAGUACUACAUGAGAAACAGUUGCCUCGAAAGCAUCAAUAUAGAUUGGUCUGAUCAAGUUGAUGUAACAAAGAUGUCUGUUGUCAUGAUUGUAAUGUUUCUAUUGGCUUGGUCUCCAUAUUCCAUUGUGUGUUUAUGGUCAUCCUUUGGAGACCCCAAGAAAAUUUCUCCUGCCAUGGCGAUCAUAGCUCCACUAUUUGCAAAAUCAUCUACAUUCUAUAAUCCCUGUAUUUAUGUCAUUGCAAACAAAAAGUUUCGAAGGGCCAUCCUUGCAAUGAUCCGAUGUCAAACACAUCAGGAGAUAACAAUCAACAAUGUCUUGCCAAUGAGUGUGUCUCAAAGCACAAUUGCUUGAGGAUUCUGAUGGAAAAAGUUCUGCCACUAUGUUUACUUGCUCAUUCUAUCUUUUGUAUGAAGAGACCCUGGAAAGAAUGUCACAUUUUUUUCACAAAUAGCUGUGUAUUGUAAAAUAAUGCUUUGUUAAGGAAGGAAAGCUGGAAUGGGUUAUCUUCUUUUUUGUAACAGGCACCAAAUCUUGGUUUAUUCCUAUUUGCAGUGCCAUCUGAUGGAACAAAAGAACCUGUAUGCACCAUUCUAUCGAAGACAAUUUAUUGGAAGCUGCACAUCUAAUUAAAAACCCACACUUACAAGUCUAAUGGCCUGCCUAUCAACUUUGGCAAGCAUGCCUUCUGUUGCUUUCUUCCUUGCCCUCCAAUAUAUUUCAUGUUUUCCUAUUGUUUGUACAUUACUAUUGAUUAGAGCAGUGGUUCCCAACCUUUGGGUCUCCAGGUGUUUUGAAUUUCAGCUCCCACAAUUCCUGACAGCUAGUAAGAUGGCUGGAAUUUCUGGGAGCUGAAGUCCAAAACACCUGGAGACCAAAAGGUUAGUAACCACUGCAUUAGAGCAAAAACCCAAAGAAUUUUGCCAACACUGAUGAAAAAAAGUGUAUUGAUAUGCACACUUCUGUCUCAAAUUCAAAUCAUAGCACUGUUGUGAUUACAGGAAUAAAAUGGAGUUUGCAUCUGCUGGCCAGAUGCUAAACAGAUUUCCUUGGGAAUAGGCACCAAAUUGUUGUAGAAACAGAUAACAUGUUU